CAGAUUUUAGAGGCAAAUGAAGUCAUGGCUUGAGCGGCGAGAAUGAAUUUCUCGUCGGUGGUCUUCCUCACCAACUUAUUUGGGACAGAAAGCUGGAAAUUGGAAGUCAACAACCCAUUAAAAGGGCGUCGCAGAGCGAUGAGGGUGAAAGAGUUCGUUCAAUAGUCCCUGCGCGAAACUACUGGGUGAGUGAAGAAAUUAACGAUUCUGAUGGAGAGCAGAGAGCUUCGUCUUCCCUUCUCCGGCGACCCUGUACGCACAACGAGAAGAGAAGGUAGCCACCGCUUCCAUGUGGACGAAUCUGAAGGAUAUCGUCGUUGGACUGCUCUCACGUCUUCGAUUUGAGAUUUAGAUCGACCAAUAGUUUUGGACCUUGGGAGUUCCUCACACAAGCGACCAAAGGAUAACGGUGAAGUCUGUGGGAAGGAGCGGACAAAGAAGAUAGAGAAAGAAAAAAGAUAAAGUAAAAGUAAAUUAAAAAAAAACAAAAAGAGCAAAUGACCGGUUAUAAAAGGUCAACUCCAGGUAAAUGGGCUGAUUUAAUCGUUUUUCGGAAUAAAUAGGUUUAUACGAUGCUUUUUUAGUAUACGGGUCUAGAUGAUGGUUUUACAAUUGUACAUGGACCUAUUUGACCCUUUUUCCUCAUUGAGACUUAUAAGUUUUUAGAUUAGAAAUAUGAAAGAGUAAUGUACAAACACUCAUAGCAAUAAAUUACACCAACACUUUUUUUAUUCCCAAAAGGCCAUAACUCUCAAGUCUUAUACUCUCUUCGAAUUUUAAUAAACUUUACACUUUCUUUUUUGGGACGGUCUAAAAUAAACUUAACAUUUCCUUAUUUCCUUUUUUGCCAAAGAAAUCUACAUCAAAAUAGUGUCAAAUAGUGCCAAACAGUGUGUGGAUAGUAUCAAAUAGUGUCUCUAGCGUGAUGUUAAGAAAGUUUUGGUGUAAAGAAAGUUUUGGUGUAAAGAACGUUUUAAACGCAGAUUCCGUCUCGCUAAUCUGUUAACCCUGAUCUGUGUUGGCUUCUUCGUGAGAAAUUUGAAGAGUUAAAAUCUGCAAUCGCAGUGAUAAGUCGUCGUCGUCCUCGUAAUGAAGCUUCUCCAAACCCUAGGGAACAGACGGUUGCUGCAUCGAGCCUUAGAGCGUAGGCUGUUCUCUGCGUCGACGGAGGAGUACGGCAAGCGAAAUUACGCCAACAAUGAGUCCGAAUACAAUACUGUUAUUAACUCUAUCACCGCUCAGCGAAGACAUUACUUGUUAAGGGAUGUAUAUGAUGACAUGAUGCUGGAUGGGGUAAAGCUAGAGAGAGAGACAUUUCAUUCACUAAUUGUCGGGACUAUGAAAGGCGCUCGCUUGCAGGACUCCCUAUUUUUCAGAGAUGAAAUGAAAUCGUCUGGUUUGGUGCCCGAUGUUACUUUAUACAACUUUUUGAUCUCCACAUGCGGCAAAUGCAAGAACUCUGAUCAAGCAAUCCGGGUUUUAGAAGAAAUGAAGAGAUAUGGAGUCAAGCCUUCUGGACAGACCUAUGUUUGUCUACUUAAUGCAUGUGCAGCUGAAGGUCGAUUAGAACGAGUGUAUGCAAUUGUUCGAGAUAUGACAGCGGCUUCCGUGGGCUUGAACAAAUUCUGUUAUGCUGGACUUAUAGCGGCUCACAAGAAUCAGCAACCUCUUGCCGAUGAUGUUGCAUCUAAAAUCAUUGAGCUUGUUGAGCAGUCAAAGAGUUGGUCAGAGGUUGAAGCUCCAGGGGAUAUUCAUCAGAGAUUUAUGACAAUCAGUUCUGAAGAAGAACUUUAUAACAUUCCUACUGCUGAGUAUGUUCAUCGACGGGGAAUGUUGAAUACGCAGUUAACUGUCUACCAUGUUGCAUUUCAUGCUUUUGCUGACAUGAAAAAUGUGGAGGCUAUUGAUGCGCUUCUGAUGAUGCUUGAAAAGGAUGGCAAAACGCCUGAUGUUUUCAUCCUGAUGCAACUCAUGAGGUGUUAUCUACAUUCUGGGGACUUAGAUCGUGGUCUUAAGAUUUUUCAGGACUACAUGAACUCUGGAAGAGCUGGCAUUAUAGAACUUUUUAUGACCCUAAUAGAAGGAGCAAUGGUGGGUCAUACUACCAGGGGAAUGCAAAUUGCUCAAGAGACACUGUUAACCUUCAAUGAGAGGAAUUUUAUCCUGAGUGUAAAGAUGGGAAACGAUCUCCUCCUUGCAGCUGCUGGUGAAAAGACUGGUGGAUAUACUGUUGCUAAUUUAAUAUGGGACAUGAUGGUUGGUCGCAAUGCUACUCUCCAGCUCCGUGCUGUUGAGGCAUAUUACAAUGGAUUGAAGGCACGUGACAUUCCAAAAGAUGAUCCGCGAUUGAUGCAAGUUGAGAAGACGUAUAAUGAUCUGAGGCAAAGGUUUCAAAGAACUUCAUAAGCCAUUGUCAAUUUUCGGAAAGACCUUCAGCAUUGGGUCACAGUUACCUUCAUUAUUCCUGCACUACUUUUGUUGAAAUAGGAGUUUUUGUAUUUCAUUUGAAUGCAAUGAAAAUGUUAUCAGUAAUUUUAAAGCCCAUGUAUGAUUUAGGGUAAUUCCUGUCCUCAACAAACCGAGAAUGACUGGUGUUUGGACCUUAGAUCAAAAUGUUUUACGAUUCCAAAAUAGAGCUAUAAACUGUUGUGCUAGGUCCACACCUAUGCAUGAUAGAGGUGAUUUAACUCCCAAUAGAAAUGGUGACAUUGUUCCAUUGCAUGAAGCUUUUCUACCAAUCUAUUUGAACUUCUUCC